ACGUUCACAUGCGAUAUGUGCGCCGGAUGCCAGUUUGAACUGAGAUUGAUCGCAUGGCGGAUAUGGCCGAUGCGCUGGAGAUCGUAGCAAUUUUUGGCGUAUUAUUUCAUCACAGUAACAUUAACAGGUCCUGACACGUCUAGGGGAACAACGUACAUGCGGCACGGGGUUUGGCAUGGUUGGUAGCGAACGAGUGAGAGUGCCCACUUGAAGUCUUCCCCCCCCCUCCUUCUGUCAACAAUCCCAAUUUCCUGUGGCUACUAUCCUACUGUAGUUGAAGCCAAUAAAAGUAAAACAGCGAUACCCUUUCACUUUUUCAGACCUGAACUCAAGUACUAUAUGUUCAUGUACAUGUACUGGCAGGUUACAGUCUCCAGGGAAACACCUUUGCAGUUUGAGGCGGGCCUCCCAAAAGAGUAAAUAACCGGAUGUUUGUGUGCGAUUCCAACUCAGAAUCCCAGGGAUUAUUCACAAGGUGUCAUCCAGCAUAGAGAAAGUUGCAGCAGAGCGACCGGUGGGGAAAGAAAGACCGCAAUCCAUCCGCUUGAUAUGUGCACGCAUAAUUCCCCACCUCCGCAACUCGUGAAUUUUUGAUGCACUUCACGACGUGAGCACCAGAGACGGCAAGAUGUCUCUGCUCGUCUGUCCGUCCAUCUUAAGUGUGUAGUUUCCGGCCUGAGCUUCCUGCAAACGCGAGUGGGAAGCGUGGACAGCUUUCCCCCUCCCCCCAAGAUGCUGAUGAAUAUAAACUGAUCUUCCGUGCAUCCUAAUCCAGUGAAAUGAAUUUGAUCGUCUUUUCCGCUUGAUAUCAACAUUAUUAAGUGCCAACUGAAUGUCUGCUCGCAAAUGCACCCCCCUCCAGUGAUUGGAAACAUUGAUGCUAGCCAAGCGCCUCAACUUUGCUUGGGAAUACUGCAUGAAUCUCCCAUUCACUGAGACACCUCCUGUUAAGGUCACCCAUGCUUCCUUGGCUUAAAAAAAAAGACGACAGGCACUCCAUCAAACGUCCAAACCGGUUGUCAGCAAAGAGACACUGAUCGAUGCCCCUCAGGAACUGGGCAAGUAAAAACUGGAGUUGACUGGAAACGUACUGUACAUGUCAUUUGGAAAUUAGCCACCAAAGCAGUAUUUCACAUACGGAUCCAACAGUCCAUAACAUUGUUUAUUGAAAAAAGUCUUCAUUCUUCAUCCCCAAAAAUUUGACUUCUCGGUAGUGUGCUUCAGUGCUGCUCAUUGUGCGAGGACUUUCCCAAGAAAGGGAGACCAAGACGAAAAGAGAUAUUGACAUAGAAAAUGUCCAAUGCACUGCAAGACAUGUCCCGCGACAAUCUCACGACGUACAAGUUGGUGGUUGUCGGGGACGGAGGCGUAGGGAAGAGCGCCAUCACCAUACAGUUCUUCCAGAAGAUGUUUGUGGCCGACUACGACCCGACCAUUGAAGACUCCUACAUCCAGCACACGGAGAUUGACGGGGAAUGGUGCAUUCUGGAUGUGCUGGACACUGCCGGACAAGAGGAAUUCAGUGCCAUGAGAGAGCAGUACAUGAGGAAAGGUGACGGCUUUUUGAUUGUCUACUCCGUCAUUGAUAAGGCCAGCUUUGAGAAUACCAAGUCUUUCUACACGCAGAUUCUCCGGGUCAAAGACAGGGAUUCGUAUCCCAUGAUUCUCGUCGCCAACAAAGUGGACCUGGUCCACCAACGGAAGGUGACAGAAGAGGAGGGCAAGGCAUUAGCUGCAGAGUUAGGGAAGACGUCCUACAUAGAGACAAGUGCCAAGGAUCCGCCACAGAACAUUGACAGGGCUUUCCAUGAGGUCGUUCGGGUCAUCAGGAGGCAACCUGUCGAUCGAGAUGCCAAGCGUCGCAGCCGGAGGGGUAAACGUGGCGCCAAGCAGCAAAAUUGCGCCGUCUUGUGAUUCCGCAUUAAGCGCUUGGGGUAGGGGGUUGUUCCAGAAGAGGAGCCACAAUACACAACAGCAGUGCCUGUGGUAGUGGAGGCUUUUUUAAAGAUUCGCAGUAGUCAUGAUUAAUGAGAGUCGCACCAGCGAAGUUGCCUGUGAGUCCGACCUAAGACGCCAGAGUCAGCGCACACUUGUGGUAGGGAAAGGGACGUUGGAUGAUUACUAUCAACAAAAAAACGCGGCCUUGUUUUUACUAAAAAAAAAGCUUUGUGUGUUAUAUUUGAUAUGGACCGUGUUCAACUCUGUCAGUGUAAUAGGUGAGUUAAUACUGAAGACACUGGUUGUCUUAGUGUGUGGCCGUGUUGCCUUGGAAAUGUGUUAUUCCCUGAUGUUUGGGGGAAUGGGGGAGAAGGGGCACCAGAGGGAAAAGGUAGAAGACACCCCACUUUAUCUGUUGUUAGUGAAAUGGUUGCUGGCAAACACAUCUAUUGACUAAAAAACGUUGCCUGCCAUCAAAGAGAAUGGUCCCUCAACAGUUUUGUGGCCCACUCCCCCUCCCGUUUUUGGUUUAGUCCAAGUGGCACCCUUGGAUGAGGGAUAUCUGCACCACGAAAUGCAUUUGAAAAAUCAUUCAACCCUCAAGGGAGCUACUUCACUUACUUCCAAACCAUUGCUUAGACUCUCCACUCUCCUCACAAAAAGUUAGAGUCGCAUCAACUAAAACCCCCCCCCCCAAAAAAGAAUUAGAUUUUAAGCCAGUGGUCUCUUUUUACGCCUUCCACUUAUCUCACACACUUUGCAAUUUACAUUAUUACCGUUCUGGUGUAGGAUUGUUGAUGCCUAGUUUAAGGCAUGUUACUCUUCCCAAUGCCACCCUCUCAUCAAUUCUGCAAUGCAACAUUUCUGACAUGUUAGUAAACCUUGCCCCAGAUUACAUGUACUUGUCAUUCGUAGAAACUGCCACAACUUUGCACAGUGUUGUCAGAAGUCGUAAUGCUCAAAAGAAAAUUUCAGAAUGCAGAUGCAAAAAAAACAAACCUAAAAACGAAAGGGCUCAUAGAGACACAGUUGUGUGAAAUGUGUGUGCCAUCGUUGGUGGUUGUGAUUUCACUGCAAAAGAGAGUAAUGCCUGCUCUAAAGUUUUUUGAAAACAUUUUUUGUACUUGCAAUUAAACUCCCCAGGUGGGAGAUACAUGUAAUUUGUGGUUUCUGUAAAGAAAACAAAAGUAAGAAUUUCAACUUCCAUCGUUAUUGUCUACAUUUGUUACAGCCAGUAAUUAAUGCGUGUAUGUUAUAAAUGGGAAAGAAGUGUUAUGUAAGGUGUACUUGUCGCUAUGUUGUACAUGUAUCUGUAGUACACAUACAUUUACAUGUACUAUGAUGUGUAAUGUGUGUAACCGUGAAAUCAAUAUUCAAUGCAUAAACGGUGGUAUUGUUCAAUUUUGUGAACCUUAGAGUGAAUGCUGGGGCAACCUUUGUUAUGUUGAUAGAGGUUGAACAAAAUAGCGGAGGAACAAUACUCAAAGUUGUGGAGAGGGGCCAUUUGUGAGACAUCAGGCAUUAACCAUAAUUGAAGGACCAACCAAAUGUGUGAGGAGGUUCAUUACCCCGAGGAAAAAUAAGUGGUGGGCCGGUGGCCCCCUGCCUCCCCCCCCCAGGAUCCUGAACUGAACGUGGUUCUGUUGUGUUAUGUUAAAACUGCCAACAAACAGGGUUCUGCAAUGGUUCAAAAUAAAAUAUAAUGUCACAGGUAAGCACCCUGUUACCAAUUGAUGAAGGUAAGUUGCACAAAAGUUCAACUGAAGUUUUUUUUCCCUCUGAAACUGCAAAAUUAAAUGACCAUUACCCUCUGAAAUGGCUCUGGAAAAAAAAUUGAAAAAGAAAAAAAAAGGAAAUAAAAAGGGAAAGAAAUAGAGUGGAAAGGAAAGGGGAUGAAAAUCAACCCCCGUUGCUUCAGCAUACCUCUGAAUUGAAGGUCUUUUUUUUUUUAAUAUUUUUCCCACUUUUAUGGGGGGCAUGUGGCCUAGUGGUCAGAGUUUGUAGUUUCUGAUCACAGGGUCGUGGGUUUGAUUCCAGUUGGCGGCAGCAUGUUGCGAUCUUGGGCAAGUCACUUUACCCUUACUUCUCACAUUGUGGUUUCCCGGCUGUAUACACAGCUUUUCUCAUUGCCUUUAUAUCUGUUAUCAAGCAAUCAUAUUCAUUUACACAUGUGUAGAAUUUAAUUCUUCAAAGACUGUAGCAAAUUUUAUAAAAUGUAAUAAAAAUUGUAUUCCCUCUGUAUGUCUCUGUCGAGAUGGUGCUCAGCAAUGAACCACCAUCAAUGCAUUCUUGGUGUAUAUAUCCAGUUGUAAGGUGAAAUCUGCCAAACUUUCCAAAAUUUAGUGACAGAUUUUUACAUCAGACUCUCUAACUGCCUCGUGGGCUGCAGCAGACUGCACAAACUCUCUUCAGCUUUGGCUGUCACAAUUUCUCAGACUUGGUAACUAUAAGGUUUUGCUACAGAAACAAUUCAAUGUUAUAGACAAAUCCGAAAAGACGCCUUUCCUUUGGGGCCCUUGCAUUGACCAUUCCAGCAUCUGUCCUUGAGCGUGCACUUUUACAACUUCGGUCACGACACCCUAUUGGUCAGAGAGGAAUGUAACGUGCGUACCAACUGCGUGCAAACAGGAUGGCCCCGCAGUAAAUGGCUUCUAAUUCGUUUUGCUGGAUUUUUCUCUGAUACCAACUGAUGAAAUAUGUUGGCUCUGUUGUAAAGUGGGAUUUUCCAGUUUCUUUUAAUAUCUGGAGUUUACUUUUAAAUGUGUUUUUGUGUAUAAAAGUUGACAUCGAGCACAAGAAAGGGAUAUGUAAGGGAUUGUUCAAACCUGGAGAUAACCACACCAUAGACCCCAUGCUGCCCUUUAAACCUCUGGCGAUUAUUUUGUACAUAUUUUAUUUUCUUCCAAUAUCACCCCUGGAAAAGAAAACAGUUGUAAAAAUGUGAUGUAUUUUACAUUGUUGUCCAUUUUGAAAUGCAGGCCUCUUUUUGCUGCGUCCGUCUGAGAACAAAGGCCUCAUUUCACAGCACUGUUCACCAUGCACAUGUCUCUGUCAAACUGACUGUGCGUGCAGCAAAGAGCAUGUUUACUCUUAGAGUGAUCGUAGAAGUAGGUUGAAAUACCGUAGUUGCAGAAAUCUACAUUUACAAGACUUGUAGGGACUUCUGUUUUUAACAACUUGUCCUGGGUUUUUCAGUUCGUGUGUAUGGCUGAUUAAGCCUAGGAAGCUUAGCUCUUCCAAAAGUAAACUGCUUUAAUAGCCAAAUUACUGGAAAAAAAAGGUCCCAUGAUUCAUUUUCACAGAGUGGGUUGCAUUUGAUUUUUAUUAAACUCUUGUGAUCCCAGAAGAUCCCUUAGCAAUGUUGAAAUGUGUCACAAUCGUUAUCAAUAAGUCAUCAAACUAAUUUUUAUUCUGAAUGAUUUUUAACUUGCAACUCUGUUGAAUGAUGUACACGUACAUGUAUAUAUUGAUAGCUUUGGUAGAACUAAUGCACGUUGUUGGCAAUCAGCAAAGAAGUUAUUUUCACUUCCAGUUCGCAAUGUUAGAAUAAUUAACAGGACAGCACAGUUGAGGGGACCUGUCAGGCAAUCAUCCCCUCAAAUUAUAAUCUUUUCACAGGAGAUAAAUGUUUUAUUUGCCACUGUCUUCAGGGUCAGUGUUGGAGUAAGUUCAGAGGCACAUGAGAUGCCAUGUCUAAGAUAUUUGAAGUUGGUGCCCAUCUACGAAAGGCGUCUCCGUCUGUGGGAGUGCUUGUUUGCACUAUGUGGUGCACGCGGGGUGCAUGUAUGUACACGUAGGUCAUAACUUCUCAUGGAAGGUGAAAUUAUGACACAGGUUAUUUCCUACCUAUUUUCCCAUUAUGCCCAAACAAAAGUGGACGAUGCUUGAAACAUGGCAGCUCAUAAUCAUGUACCUGUGUCUUGAAUUUUCAUUAGCCCAAAAAUAUCACAUGACCAUGUCAUGUCACCUUCACCAUUUGAGCUUAGGCCGUGUCCAAAACGGGCUUCCAGAGCUAUGUACGGCUAGGUCUAUUGUCUGCGCAUCUUCACGCAUUUCCAAUGGAGCGAAGACCUAGACCUAGCUCUAGACAAGGGACUCGGAUGCAGCCUUACAUCAUGAUAAUACAGACUAGUCCCCAACCCCCAACUCCAAACCCAAAUGCAAGGGCUGCUAACCAGACUGUGGACAUGCAUUUGAACAUGUACAUUAACUUUCAGAAGAGAUCCAAUUCAGGGUCUUAUACAUGUGCAUGUAGUUUGUUUGCCAGCAUAGUGGAAAAUUUGGGACCCAAGGAAAGACGGAUUCCUCCAAGCAAGUGCUUACAGGGUAAGGGAUCCAUUGUACAGAGGUACCAAAUAUCAUGCAUCCAGGUACCAUAUAGGGAGCCUUGAAAGGUUAGAGCCCCCUCCUCCUAACUGCCUGGAACCAAAGACUAAUUAGACCAAAAGUGAGGCUGCAUGAUUCAGUCGCAUUAUAAAUGCGCACUCUUAAAUUUUGCAUUGGUAUGCGAAAAGUGCAUUGGAACUCUGAAAAUAUAAUUUAGGUCGGAUACCAAUGCACACGAGGUGUACCGCCGUAAAAGUACAAUUUGGAGUUAAUUAAACCAUAUGCAGAGUUCAUGCAGUGCUUAACGAUGGCCCAUUGUAAGAUGCUUGUUAUGGAGAUUCCAAGGUCAAAUUCCUGCUUCAUUUUCCCCCUUCCAUUUCAACUGAAAAGACAAUUCAAAAAGAGAUGACAUUUGAGCAGACUUUACCCUACAGUUAUGCGUACCUUUGGAUUUCCUUGUGUGUACUUGAAACCAGCAAGGCUUGUCUUUUUCAUGCAUUAAAAUUACGUAAAUUAGUAGCUUAUGCAUGAAGCAUUAGUUCGCACUUUGCAAGUGUAGUUUAGAGAUACAUGUAUUAUAGUUGCCCUGUCGUAAAGUACCGAGUAUGUGCACUGUGGCUGUGGUUCGCUGGGCCACAUUUUGUUCCCUGUUUAUUAAAACAAUUGCCCUGUUGAUUUUAAAUUUGCCAUUGUGGUUUCCAACACCUGCAUAAAUCCCUGUCGUCAUUGCUUUUCAGUGAUUCAUUCAUUCCAAGGAUGGGACAGCCAUCCUGCUUAAAACUUGGUCUGUUCCACAUGAAGCAAAACUUUCCAUUCCCACCCACUCUCUAGAAAAAUUUGAACCUGUAGGUGAUGCUGAACUUUCUGUUCAGCUUCGAGGUGAUUCCUAGCAGGCAGGGAUUUUUUUGAAUGCAUUUAUGAAACCAGUCAUGAAUGCUUGACAUCCAUGCAGUGGGAAGAAUUAUUUUACAAGGUGAUUAAUGGAAUGUUCUGUUGGCCCGUGAAAUUGCUCUUACCAUUACACUCCUCAACAGUGCUUGUAUAUUUUGACUAGAAUUUUCACUGAGCUGCGCUAAGCAGAUUAUUGCAUGCUGCUAAAAACAAGACAAAGAAAAAAGCGGAUGGGAACCAGUCAAAGGCACUUCCUUUACAUGCCAGUUUGGCUGGUGACCUGGUUCAGCUUAGCAGAUGGUUCAUGGGGCUUAGGUAAGGCCAUGUCUGACACGGGCUUCCAGUGCUACAGCUACGUCCAUUGUCCCCUUGUCUGGGUGUUGACCUAGACCUACAUGUAGCUCUUGACAACAGACUCGGGUGCAGAUUAAUUUUGACAUUGGCAGCCCGAUGCUGCAGGCCCCAGACACCUCACAAAGUACAUUCUGAAAUGUAAUGUUCAGUAUGAUCAUCAAUGCGUAUUUAAUUUGAACGUUAAUUUGUAUGUUGUAUUCUGCGUAUAUUUGAAAUAAAUGUUACAAGAUUUUGUAAACAAAUUCUGCAAGAACCUUA